CUCAGAACAGACAUGAAGAUCCUGGAACGGUUUUCAUUUUUUUUGGGAUCGGAAAUGUGAAGCUGGAUUGUGAGAAGGAUACGGGAGUACAUGGUGCUUAUUAUUUCAGCUGGUGGAACUUCAGAUUUGAAUUAGAGUUCGGUGUUCACGUUGCUCAUUAUGUAAAGUGCAUUCCCAGCGUGAGGGGGACUACAAGACUUUUUUGUAGCGACGGGACAUGUCUAGGUCAAACAGCGUGAGCCCGCCAGGAUUUGGGGCUCCCGUCUUGCGAUCGGGCACAGAGCACAGGUCGGCUUGGGGGGAAGCGGAGACCAGGAUCAAUGGAUACGGUUACUCGAGCCGGUCCUCGAGAAAGAAGACCUCGCGGAUGAUGGGUUUAUGGAGGAGCGAGGAUGACUAUGAAGCCCAGCCGGGGAAAAACUCUCCGCUAGACCAUAAGGUGAGCUUCCAGUCCAAAUCUGCAUGGCAGGAACAUGGGGAGGAGAGCCGGAACAACAACAAACCCAUCCAGAAACCUGGGGAGGGGGAGGUGAGGCCUAAAUCCGUGGAGCUUGGCUUGGAUGAGAAGAAUGGCAAGGGCAAAGCCGAGGGCAUCGAAGACGUGUCAGAAUUUCAUUUCUCGCUGGGGAUCUGCUGCAAUGAUGUCCUGCAGAUAUUCCGCUCCAAAAAAUUCCAGUCCAACAAACUGGAGAGGCUCUACCAGAGAUACUUCUUCAGACUCAACCAGAGCAGCUUGACCAUGCUCAUGUCAGUCCUGGUUUUGCUGAUUGUGGUCCUGCUCGUGUUCCAUUGUCUCCACAGGAAGUACCAGGUGCCUUAUGUCGUAGUCCUUUCGGUGGCCAUGGCAAUCAUCUUCGUGCUCAUCGCCGUGUGCAACCGGAACGAUUUCCACCAGGACUACAUGUGGAUCGCUUGUUACACCGUCAUUGCCGUCAUCUUCAUGGUGCAGAUGGUCUGCGUCUUCCUGGUCAGGCCAAGGAGCGCCUCGGAUGGAAUAUGGUGGACCGUGUUCUUCAUCUACACCAUUUACACCUUGCUUCCGGUGCGGAUGAGGGCGGCCGUAAUAAGUGGGAUUAUCCUUGCCACCACUCAUCUCGCCAUCUCCCUGAAGGUCAACGCCAACGACGACUUCCUGGCCAAACAGGUGGUGUCCAACGUCCUGAUUUUCUUGUGUACGAACAUCGUUGGGAUCUGCACGCAUUACCCCGCGGAGGUGUCGCAGAGGCAGGCCUUCCAGGAGACCCGCGAAUGCAUCCAGGCGCGACUCCAUUCCCAGAGGGAGAACCAGCAGCAGGAGCGGCUGCUGCUGUCCGUACUUCCCCGUCAUGUCGCCAUGGAGAUGAAGGCUGACAUCAACGCCAAGCAGGAAGAUAUGAUGUUCCACAAGAUCUACAUCCAGAAACAUGACAACGUCAGUAUCCUCUUUGCCGACAUCGAGGGAUUUACGAGUUUGGCGUCGCAAUGCACGGCACAGGAACUGGUGAUGACCCUCAACGAGUUGUUUGCCCGGUUUGACAAGCUGGCGGCUGAGAACCACUGUCUGCGAAUAAAGAUUCUGGGGGACUGUUACUACUGUGUAUCUGGUCUCCCGGAGGCCCGCUCUGACCACGCCCACUGCUGUGUAGAGAUGGGGAUGGACAUGAUUGAGGCAAUAUCGCUGGUGAGGGAAGUGACCGGGGUGAACGUCAAUAUGCGCGUAGGGAUUCACAGCGGUCGUGUGCACUGCGGGGUCCUGGGGCUGCGCAAGUGGCAGUUCGAUGUCUGGUCCAAUGACGUCACUCUGGCCAAUCACAUGGAGGCCGGAGGCAAAGCGGGACGCAUCCACAUCACGAAGGCGACUCUGAACUACCUGAACGGAGAUUACGAGGUGGAGCCGGGCACUGGAGGCGAACGAAACGCGUAUCUGAAGAAGCACAACAUCGAAACGUUCCUGAUUGUACAGUGCACCCCGAAGCGGAAGGAAGAAAAGGCUUUGAUCGCCAAGAUGAACCGGCAGCGGGCCAACUCCAUCGGGCACAACCCGGCGCACUGGGGGAUGGAGAGGAAUUUCUACAACCACCUGGGCGCCAACCAAGUCUCCAAGGAAAUGAAGAGAAUGGGUUUUGAGGACCCCAAAGACAAGAACAUCCAGGAGAACAUGAACCCCGAGGACGAGGUGGACGAAUUUUUGGGUCGGGCCAUUGACGCCAGAAGCAUCGACCGCCUGCGAUCCGAACACGUGCGCAAAAUUCUCCUGACCUUCCGCGAACCCGACCUGGAGAAGAAGUACUCCAAGCAAGUGGACGACCGAUUUGGGGCCUACGUGGCCUGCGCGUUCAUCGUCUUCCUCUUCAUCUGUUCUGUACAAAUCACCAUCGUACCGCA